GGACGGACAGGCCGGAGGCAGGGAGCCCGGGCGGUGUCCGUGGCGGUCGGACAGGGAAGCCGCCCUCCCGCGGUCCUGCCAUCGGUGCUCAGCUCCGCCGUGCCGCGCGCGGGGCACCGGGCCCUGCGCGCGUCCGCCGCCUCUGUCCACGAUCCUUCACCCCUGGCCUGCCAGUCUGGGAUCUUCCUGGGGAGUAACCAGGAAUCCCUCAAGCACUCUGCUGGGAGGAUGGAGCCUUGUUAACAGAAGGCAGUACGGACGGCCUUGGACUCUCAGGGCCGAAAGGGUCCUUAGCGACGCCGUACCCCUCGUGGUGGCUUCGAGGCUGGGGAAGCCCCAGCUCUCGCGGAGGUAACACCUACGGAGGCAGAGGCCGGCUGGAAAUGUUCAGCGUGUUACAGACACCAGGUCCAGCUAGUCCCUCGUUCUGCUGGGCUGCUGAAAGUUCUGCGUGGCACCUUAAUGCUGACUUGUCCGGCUACACUGUCAACAUUGCUUAAAAACGCAGUGCAAGACGGACACCAAGGCUGAAAAUUAUCUAUAUGCUGAGGCUAAAGGAUAUAUGUGACCAGUAGAGUAUGGGUCUAAGAAAUUAGACUUUGGAGUGUCUUUUUCAUUAAAAACUUCUUUUUAAAUUUCAUCUUUUCUCUUGGAAAUCAUUGUAGACUUAUAAAAAUUACAAAAAUAGUACAGAGCAGAGAAGCACAUGGGAAAAGGUGUCCAACACCACCAGCCAGUAGCCAAGUACAAAAUACACCUGCAAUGAGAUAUCACUAGAUGCCUACUAGAAUGGCUAAAAUAAAAAAUACCAAUAUUACUAACUGCUGAGAAACUGGGUUUUCGUCUACUGCUGGUGGAAAUGUUAAAAGGUACAGCCACUCUGAAAAUCUGGCAGUUUCUCAAAAAGUUAAACCUGCACUGCACUGCUGGGCACGUAUCCUAGAGAAAUGAAAACUUAUUUUCACUCGAAACCAUAAAGAUUUUGUUACUUUAUUUCUACUUGCCAAGAAAUGGAAACAGCCCAGAUGUCUCUUGAGGAGUGAGUGUUUAAACAGACUGGCAUGUUGGUUCCAUGGAAUGCCACCCAGCAGUGAAACAGUUGCUGUUGAUCCCACUCAGCAACUUAGGUGAAAUGACAAUGGAUGCUAUCUUGGCGCGAUUGAAACUGCUGAAUCCAGACGACCUCAGAAAAGAGAUUGUCAAAGCUGGAUUGAAAUGUGGACCUAUCACCUCGACCACAAGGUUCAUUUUUGAGAAAAAAUUGGCUCAGGCUCUGUUAGAGCAUGGAGGAGCACCGCCUUCACACCCUCUCGACCAGGACAGCGCAGGCGCCACCACGCUCAGCCAGGGCACACAAAGGAGUUUGAAGUCUGUGGUAGGGAGCCUGGCCGAGCAGCCCAGCUUUUCUGAAGACCGGGAUUUCGGUUAUGGCGUGGGCUUGAAUCCUCCAGAGGAAGAAGACCUGACGUCAAAGACCUGCCCAGUGCCCUUCAGUGCUGCGGCUCAGGUCAAUGGCCACAGAGCCAUGGUGCGGGCCUCUGCCGAGCCGCCUCUGUACUACGGAGUGUGCCCUGCGUACGAGGACGCCCCGGCGAGAAAUGAAAGGAUUCAUGUUUACGAAGAUAAGAAGGAAGCAUUGCAAGCUGUCAAAAUGAUCAAAGGCUCCCGAUUUAAAGCUUUUUCCAGCAGAGAAGAUGCUGAGAAAUUUGCUAGAGGAAUUAGUGAUUAUUUCCCUUCCCCAGGCAAAGCCUCUUUACCACUGUCUCCUGUGAAAAUAGCGCCAGUCUUCGGCAGCGACGGGUUGCAAGAUGGCUUGUAUUCACUUGAGUCAGAAGCAGUAAACAGAGAGAGAGCGAACAGUUACAAAAACCCCCGCACGCAAGACCUCACAGCCAAACUGCGGAAGGCCGUGGAGCAGGGAGAAGAAGACGCCUUUUCCCACCUCAUCUGGAGUAAUCCCCGGUACCUGAUCGGGUCAGGGGACAACCCAACCAUCGUGCAGGAGGGAUGCAGGUACAACGUCAUGCAUGUUGCUGCCAAGGAGAAUCAGGCUUCCAUCUGCCAGCUGACCCUCGAGACGCUGGAAGACCCCGACUUCAUGCGGCUCAUGUACCCGGAUGACGCCCCAGGCAUGCUGCAGAAGCGCAUCUGCUACGUCCUCGACCUGUACCUGAACACACCCGACAAAGUGGGCUACGACACACCGCUGCAUUUUGCUUGUAAGUUUGGGAACGUAGAUGUGGUCAACGUGCUAUCUUCACACCCUUUGAUUGUAAAAGACCCCCGGAAUAAAUAUGAUAAAACACCUGAAGACGUCAUUUGCGAAAGAAGCAAAAAUAAAUCCGUGGAACUGAAGGAGCGGAUUAGAGAAUAUUUAAAGGGCCACUUCUACGUGCCGCUCCUGAGAGCCGAGGACACGUCCUCCCCGGUGAUCGGGGAGCUGUGGUCUUCAGACCAGACGGCUGAGGCCUCUCACACCAGCCAUGGAGCGGGCGGCCCCAGAGACCCCGUUCUGACCCUCAGCGCCUUCGCGGGGCCCCUGAGUCCAGCCAAGGCAGAAGAUUUUCGCAGACUCUGGAAAACGCCGCCUCGAGAGAAAGCAGGCUUCUUUCACAGCGUCAGGAAAUCAGAUCCGGAAAGAGGCAUCGAGAGAGUGGGAAGGGAGCUGGCUCACGAGCUAGGGUACCCCUGGGUCGAGUACUGGGACUUUCUGGGCUGCUUUGUCGAUCUGUCUUCCCACGAGGGCCUGCGGAGGCUGGAGGAGUAUCUGGCGCAGCAGGAAGUGGGCGGGAAGGCCCAACGAGACCGGGGAGGAAACGAGGCCUGUCUUCAGAACACCUGUGCUUUCGGCUGUCGCAGGAAGGGCAGCAAUUCCAUCUCCGUGGGGGCGUUUCUGGACGAGGGUGAUGACAUGAGCCUGGAGGAGGUGAAAAAUAGGCAGAACACAGCCCGAAACAACACCCCGCCCGCAGUCGGUGCUUGCAGAGAUUUGGGGUGCAACAUCUUUCCCUCGGAGCAGAGGACAGACCGCAUAGAGGCCUCGGCGCCAGCCAGUCCCCACAGCAGCAGGAACGGGUUUUGCGGCCCCCCGAGCGGCGGCGAGACUCCGGGUGGGGAGAGACCGGAGGCCCUGAGCGCGGCGGGCGCCCUCGUGUCGCCUGUCCCCGGCCUGACUGCCGAGUUCGGUAAACUCGGUUUGCAGACUCGAGGAAGUAGCUGUCCUAAGGCACCAAAUCACACCGUGCAAACUGGAGACGAGGAGGCCCCGACGUCAAGAAUAGACGCAGAAAGAGACCUGUUAGGACCUCCUGAUGCUGACAGACUCGGCAGCAGCCAAAUAAGGACAGACAGUGACACGUCGGCGGGAAUCGCUAAAACAUGCCUGAGUCCCUCCAGUCCUGGGCGUGAGCCCCAGCACGGCUGCAGCUCUGUGUCCGCAGAGCCCUUGGAGACCCCCAGCACGAGGGAGCCCGUCCAGAGGCUCUUCCUUUUUGGAGAGGAGCCGUCAAAACUGGACCGGGACGUUCUGGCAGCCCUGGAGUGUGCCGACGUGGACCCACGGCAGUACCCCGCCGUGCACAGGUGGAGAAGCGCCGUCCUGCGCUACUCGCCCUCUGACAGGCAGAGUUGGCCGAGCCCUGCGGUAAAAGGGAAGAUGACGUCUCAGCUGCCAGAGGUUGGUCGCCCACAGAGCUGCAGCCCAGGGAGGAGUGGCCACGUGAGGGGCAGCCCCAGGAAGCCUGGCCCGCACUCCCCUGGUGUGGGCAGCCCGGGGCGCUACAGCCCUGCCAACGGGGGGUGGUGCGCCUGGCCCAGCUGGCACCCCCGGAGAGCUGGCGUGCGCUCCGGGGCCCUCGGGUCGUUUUUAAAGAAAGAAGGGUAAUGUGUUUAUUGCUAAAGUUCACAGAAAAGAACAUAAUCUGAUUACUUUAUUAAUCCUCAUUUUGAGAGUAAAAAAUUUUUGGAAAAUGCGGAUGUUCUGUAUAAAGUUCAGAUUUCCGAUAUUUUAGAAGAUGAGAGCAAACUCAGACACAGACGUUCUGAAGGCCUUCACCGUGGUGGUGACAGGCUUCAGGUCUCCAUUCCUGGGUGCGCGUGUGACCGAUGGGUACCAGGGCACUCGUGGUCACUGUGAAAUCCGGGUGCGACCCCGAGUCAGGUUUGGCCGUGGCGGCAGCGCUCCAACUCGGUUCUGAGUGAAACAGAUGAAUUUUGUGACGUUUUCCUUUUCUGGGAGGGUCUUUGAUUUUUUAGUUGAAAAAUCCUCUUCUUGCCACUUGAUGCCAGUUGGCGAGACAAAUUGAAAAGAUGGUGUCAGGGUAAAUGAGCUUUGCCUGUCUUAGACUUGCAGCGAUGCUUACAGUGGGGUCAUUAAAAACAUUUAAAUUAGUGACCGAAAGAUAAAACUAGCUUUCCUCUUGGAAGAAGUCUUAUAGCCAUUGGAACUCACGUGAAUAGUCACGAGACGCAGCCGCCACCACUAAGGCGCGUUUCCUUUUCACUGUCACCUGUCAGUGUACUUUGUGCCGUUGCCAUGGGGGGAGGGGGGUCGUGGGAUGCUCUGCAUUUGGCCCCUGGUUCUGAAGUUAUCCCACAUUUUAGGAUUCCUUUCGGUUGGAUUUCCUUUAUGAGAGUGUCGCAUUUUAGUGUGGAAACUAGAGUGUUUUUGACAGGGUUGAGUCCCGGUUCGGUUACCUGAGUGUGGUUUAGUUUGGCCUCCCCUGGACCUUAACCUCCGCAGGGCGUGUGUGCACCCUGUGCCGCGGCUGACACCCAAGGCCAGGCCACAUGCUGAGGGCUGGUUCCUUCCAGGUGCUCCACGCCACUGCUCACACACACGGCAUUCUGAGUGCUCCAGCGUCACAUCCAAGUGAAAAACCAGCAGCGCUUCUGCUGACUUCAGUGCCUUUUGUAUAUCGUUUGCAUUUUCUGACUUUGCUUUUUGAUAAUAUAGGGAGAUACUACGUAGGCAUGAGACUCUUUCAUUCACAAUAAGUCUUUUCACAUAACAAGAGACAGGUCAGGAGUAUGAGAAUCAAAAUUCAGAGUUUAAAAUGCAAAAGGUUGUUACACAAGGUGUUUUCACUUGUAGCGUAGCAGACAAUUUAGAUCUAUAAGACAGAAAGUACCUUCUGUUGUAAAAACCAAUGGCAUUUUAAACAGGCGUCUUUGUUCUCGAAAUCAGGCUACAGGUGUUAUAUUCAUAGUGCUGAUGUUUUCCCUUAAAAUCUUACCCUAUUGUCGUGUAUGUUGUAAAUAUUCAGAUGGAAAUUAAAAGUGUUUUUGCCCUGA